AUGGGUUGUGGAAAAUCUAAACUCGACGACGUUGCUCCCGGAAACACCAUCCCCAAGAGCCAGAAACCAAUUGUCGAUGAUUCCAAGGUUGUCAAGGAAAAUGGUGCGGAAACGGAAACUGUUCAGAAGAAAGCCGUAGACAACAACAAUGUUGACAAUGAGAAUGUUGAAAAGGUUGUUGCUGAUAAAUCAGAUGUUGUUGCUGUGGAUUCUAAUGAGACGACAAAAGUUCAGCAAGAAGACAAUGGAUUGGAGAAGAAGAAUGAAGCUGUUGUUGUCGAAAAUAAGACACCGGAAAUUGUUGCUGCAGAUGAGAAAGAUGAAGAAAAAUCCACCACAGAGAACCAAAAAGAGGUAGAGGCUUUGGUGAAUGAGGUUGAAGAAGAAACAAAAGCUAAGAAACAGGAAGAAACAUUGGUCAAGGAAGAUGAAAAAGAAACAAAAGCUACACAACAGGAAGAAACUUUGGUCAAGGAAGAUGAAAAAGAAACAAAAGCUACAGAACAGGAAGAAACUUUGGUCAAGGAAGUUGAAGAAGAAACCAAAGACACAAACCAGGAGGAUAAUUUGACCAAGAAGGAAGAAACCAAGGAAACUGUUAAGGAAGAGAGUGUGGCCAAUGAAGAAAAACCAAAUGAGACAAAUGCUUCCACCUCUGAAGUUGAAGAAAAAGAUGUCAAAGUUGACGAGAAGGAACAAUGA